AAAUUCGACGGGAUGGUGAGGUUAGGGUGGCGGUGGUAAAAGUUACGUCCACACCAGGAAAAUUACUCUAAUUAUCACAAAUUGACUAAUUACGCAACCAGAUUAAGCUGCACCAGUAUUUUAAUUAAUCGCAAAUGCUAGACUCUGAUUAUUCCUAAAUUGUUAUCACGAGUUCAAUUUUUUUUUGGAACAUAACCCCACAUAACCUCAAAGUAUGUCUAAUACUUUGGUGCAAUUUUCUCGGUUUAGUUUCAUUAAAAAUCAGUUAAAUUACUGCACAAGUAAAGCUGAUACGCCCCCGAAAGCGUUGUAUAAGUACUUGAUACGCCAAUGUGAAAAAUUACCCAAAAGCCCGCAAAAAUAUUACAAGUUUAUGAUCAAACAAAGUUUCAAACAGCACGUUAAUGAAACAGACCCCCAACGUAUCAAACAAAUCGUUGCAAGGUCUUAUGAGGACGCAGAUUGGGUUUUGAAAAAAUACAUUGGAAAACAAUAGAAUGGAGGAGGUCCCCCUAGUUAGAAGCUCCACUCAAUUCCCUUUAGAUAAUUUUUGGAAAGCUGUUUUAGUAUACCACAAUAGACCCCACGUAAUUAAUCGCAAAUUAGCAGCAAUUGUGCCUCUCCUUUUUUGCAAAAUCUCCCUCAACUGCUCUAGUAUUAAACGCCUUAGAGACAUUUUCACCUGGGAAUCCCUCAUUUAUGAAAUUAGAAAAUUACCAGACUUGUCACAAGUCAGUCCACAAUUCAUUAAAAAUAUCACAGAAAUAUAUGACAAAAAAGCCACAAUUGAGGAAACGACUUUAGAUACAUUAGAUAAUUGUUACGAAGGCACUUUUUUAUCAAUUCGCCAAUUACUUUCCCGUAAGAAUAACGAAAAAUGCUUCGAAAUCGUAAUUUUUGAUAAAGACACCCAAACUGUUACUUUUUUCGCCGUUCAAGAACAAAACAGCCCGAUUAUGGCCCCCCGAUUCCCAUAUCACAUUCAUUUGACUAAAUCGGGUAACUUGACCAUCAUUUUGAACGAAUUUGAGAUUGCUGAAACGGCGAGUGCUGAAUGGCUGGCUGAUAAAUUAUUUCCAAAAUUGAUAAAAUGGAGCGAAAACGACAUUGAGGACAAUUCUGUGAUAAAAUCUUUGAGUCUGAUAGCACCUGGUGAAUACUGCACGCUUUAUUCCGAACUCAAGACAAAAUAUGGUAAAAAUUUAGUCGAAAAGUGGCCCCAAAAAGCCAAAACUGACCCCCAGAAAUACGUCUAUGAAGACAUUGCAAUUGCGACGUACUUAAUCUGUUUAUGGAAAUAUUUGGGAGUUGAAAAUAUUAGUUUCGUGGACUGUGGGUGCGGCAAUGGCCUUCUCGUCUAUAUUUUAAAUCAGGAAGGUUUCAAGGGCUGUGGUUAUGAUAUUAGAAGUCGACAAGUUUGGGAGAUUUAUGGGGGUGGAAUCGAUCUUCGCAUAGGGGCAGUCACGCCAGAAUCGACUUAUUCAGACGCCACUUGGCUCAUUGGUAAUCACUCGGACGAGCUUACACCUUGGAUUCCGAUCAUUGCUCUUAACAGUUCACCCAAGACGAAUUUUUUCGUUCUGCCUUGUUGCCCAUACGACUUAAGUGGUCGCAAAUAUGUUAGAAUUAAUGCUACACUAAGCCAGUAUGGAGACUAUUUAGAUUAUGUUAAAAAUAUUUCCACAAUGUGUGGAUUUACGACAUCGGUAGACAAGUUGAGGAUUCCGUCAACGAAAAGAACUUGUCUUGUGGGAAUCAGAGAUAAUCCUGAAGUUGAGGAAACAAGACAAAAAAUGAAGGAAUUUGUUGAAAAAAAUACAAGGGAUUUUGUACCGCGAGAGCCGGUCGAGAAAGUCCGGAAUUGUACGAGACUUGACCCGGAUUUGAAGAAAAGGAUUAUUAAUUUGAUCGUUGACGAAUUGCUUCACACACCCUGUAAUAUUUGGAUAGGAGGGCAGGGAAGGUCAGAUUGGAAUACAGGAGGGACACUGACUUUGAAAGACUUGAGCCAAAAGGUUUCAAAUGAAGAUCGCAAAGCACUCAAAAAUGAAUGUGGGGGACUCCAAACUCUGAUAAAAAAUCACCGGUAUAUUUUCAAACUCAAUAAAACGUGGGUCGCACUACGAGUCCCCCCAACUCUCAAACAAACUGACAAAUACAAGGACAAACCUUGCUGGUUUCAUGAAAAUUAUCCACAUGGUUGCUUUAACUCCGCAGAAAUUUGUUGUUACAAACAUGUAGAAAAGAAUUAAUUUUUUAUUUGUAAAAAAGUUUGAACAAUAAAAUUAUUUUUGAAGCA